AAUAGGUGAGGACCUCUGUACAGUGCCGCGGACACCCCCAGGGCGGUGUUUCGGAGCCCUGAGCGUAACCCAUAAAACUCUGAGCUGUGGAUCUACUGACAUGCCUUCAGACGUGCUUGAGGCCCUCCUGACAGAGUUCAAAGGAGCACUCAUUCGCAGCUGCUUUCGUCGCAUUGACAUCGGCAACAUGUAUGAGCAAGCCAAAGAUCGCUUGGAGAACGAGCGACGAUACCCGACAGGCAAGUAAUGUGGAGAGAGCAGGAGCCUGCGAUGAUCUAUGAAGAGGUCACUGACAUAGUCUAGGUGUUGACAUCGUAGACCUGAUUAUGAACGAGAUACCUGCUCAGCGCCCUGCUCGCCGCCUGUAUGUCAAAGACAACCAGUACACGCGUCCAGACCCGAAUCAGUUCGCAUUUAAAGCGGCGGCAUCGCGAUCUGGUCGCAAAAGGAGGAACAACAAGGCCCGGGUGAAGAACGUGCCUACCGUGCUGCGCGCUCAAGCAGCCGAAUUGUGUUCAGCAAGGACGAACUUGGAGCGCGCCUACAACCAAGAGCAGAACGUUCAGGACCUCUCGUCACGAUGCACAGGCGUGACUUUCAACUUCCCUGAGGUCACCGCUGCCCGGGCGAGAGCUGAGCGCCGUUACGUCAACUGCCUUAUCCGUUACCUUCGCGACACCAAUCAGAUGAAUCCAGCCGAAGCCACGCAGAUGCAGGCUAACUUUACGCGCCGGAAGAUGGAACAAGCGAGAAUGAGCAACAGAGUCUAUUUGCUGGGCAUGUACCUGCACGAGUUGAAGUGAGAUGGUAAUGAUAGAAUGCAUGGUAGGCACACAGUGUUCGUGAUAGAAAGGACUGAAGGCACACGAGCGCUGUCCAUAUGCAAUUCUCGGGAGGUCAGCGCUGUUGUUACUGGAAGAUG